GCGCGGCGGCGGCGGCGGGAGCGGGCGGCUGCGGCAGCGGCGGCGGCAGCGGCGGCGAGGACGGAGGCGGAGGCCGAAGGGGACUGUCCACUGGUCGGUGCGGAGAGGCGUGCGAAAGCCAACUCGAGCCCCCGAGGACCUUGCUGCCCCGGCCCGGCCGCCAGCCACAGCCUUCUCUCUAGCAGCAGAGGCUGCGCGGCGACCCCCCAUCCUUCCACCGCCCCUGCCCACCCCACCUCCCGCAGCCUUCCUCCUCUCAGCUUCACGCCCGGCCCGGCCCGGCCGCGGCCCUCCUCGAUGCCGGCAGCCAUGGCAGAGGCGUCCGGCGCGAGGGAAAUCUAGCCCGGGGAUUUCAUGCGGCCUAGCUCGGUUCCGUCUUCUCCCCCCGCAGCCCCGGCGGCUGCCCGCACCCCAGCCCCACUCCGGGCCUCCGUGUCUCUCCUGUGAUCGUACUGACACGGCCGGGGGGUUAGAAUGGAACAAACUGAAGGCCCGAUGAGAGAAAGGGAAAGUUAAGGAUGCUGGAGCAGAACAAUGGAUUUCUCUUUCUCUUUCAUGCAAGGGAUCAUGGGAAACACAAUUCAGCAACCACCUCAACUCAUUGACUCCGCCAACAUCCGUCAGGAGGAUGCCUUUGAUAACAACAGUGACAUUGUUGAAGAUGGUGGCCAGACACCAUAUGAAGCUACCUUGCAGCAAGGAUUUCAGUACCCACCUACAACAGAAGAUCUUCCUCCACUCACAAAUGGCUAUCCACCAUCAAUCAGCAUGUAUGAAACUCAAACCAAAUACCAGUCAUAUAAUCAGUAUCCCAAUGGAUCAGCCAAUGGCUUCGGUGCAGUUAGAAACUUUAGCCCCACUGACUAUUACCAUUCAGAAAUUCCAAACACAAGACCACAUGAAAUUCUGGAAAAACCUUCUCCUCCACAGCCACCACCUCCUCCUUCGGUACCACAAACUGUGAUUCCAAAGAAGACUGGCUCACCUGAAAUUAAACUAAAAAUAACCAAAACUAUCCAGAAUGGCAGGGAAUUGUUUGAGUCUUCCCUUUGUGGAGACCUUUUAAAUGAAGUACAGGCAAGUGAACACACAAAAUCAAAGCAUGAAAACAGAAAAGAAAAGAGGAAAAAAAGCAACAAGCAUGACUCAUCUAGAUCUGAAGAGCGCAAGUCACACAAAAUCCCCAAAUUAGAACCAGAGGAACAAAAUAGACCAAAUGAGAGGGUUGACACUGUGUCAGAAAAACCAAGAGAAGAGCCAGUACUAAAAGAGGAACCUCCGGUUCAGCCAAUAUUAUCUUCUGUUCCAACAACAGAAGUGUCUGCUGGUGUUAAGUUCCAGGUUGGCGAUCUUGUUUGGUCUAAGGUGGGAACCUAUCCUUGGUGGCCUUGCAUGGUUUCAAGUGAUCCCCAGCUCGAGGUUCAUACCAAAAUUAACACAAGAGGUGCCCGGGAGUAUCACGUCCAGUUUUUUAGCAACCAGCCAGAGAGGGCAUGGGUUCAUGAAAAGCGAGUACGAGAGUAUAAAGGUCAUAAACAGUAUGAAGAAUUAUUGGCUGAAGCAACCAAACAAGCCAGCAAUCACUCUGAGAAACAAAAGAUUCGGAAACCCCGACCUCAGAGAGAACGUGCUCAGUGGGAUAUUGGCAUUGCCCAUGCAGAGAAGGCAUUGAAAAUGACCCGAGAGGAAAGAAUAGAACAGUAUACUUUUAUCUAUAUUGAUAAACAGCCUGAGGAGGCUUUGUCCCAAGCAAAAAAGAAUGUUGCCUCCAAAGCUGAAGUUAAGAAAACCCGAAGACCAAGGUCAGUGCUGAAUACUCAGCCAGAACAGACCAAUGCAGGUGAGGUGGCCUCCUCGCUCUCAAGUACUGAAAUUCGGAGACAGAGCCAGAGGCGGCACACAAGUGUGGAAGAAGAAGAACCACCUCCUGUUAAAAUAGCCUGGAAAACGGCCGCCGCGAGGAAAUCUUUACCAGCUUCCAUUACAAUGCACAGAGGGAGCCUGGAUUUGCAGAAGUGUAACAUGUCUCCGGUUGUGAAGAUUGAACAAGUGUUUGCUCUUCAGAACGCUACAGGAGAUGGGAAAUUUAUCGAUCAGUUUGUUUAUUCAACGAAGGGAAUUGGUAACAAAACGGAAAUAAGUGUCAGAGGACAGGACAGACUUAUAAUUUCUACACCAAACCAGAGAAAUGAAAAGGCAACUCAGAAUAUAUCAUCUCCUGAAGCAACAUCUGGUCCUACAGGCUCAGUAGAAAAGAAGCAACAGAGAAGAUCGAUUAGAACUCGUUCUGAAUCAGAGAAAUCCACUGAGGUUGUGCCAAAGAAGAAGAUCAAAAAGGAGCAGGUUGAAACAGUUCCUCAGGCUACAGUGAAGACUGGAUUACAGAAAGGUGCCAGCGAGAUUUCAGAUUCCUGUAAACCUCUAAAGAAAAGGAGUCGCGCCUCAACUGAUGUAGAAAUGACUAGCUCAGCAUACAGAGACACAUCUGACUCCGAUUCUAGAGGACUGAGUGACCUGCAGGUAGGCUUUGGAAAGCAAGUAGAUAGCCCUUCCGCUACUGCAGAUGUAGAUGUUUCUGAUGUGCAGUCCGUGGAUUCAAGUUUGUCAAGAAGAGGUGUUGGAGUCAGUAAGAAGGACACUGUGUGUCAGAUCUGUGAAAGCUCUGGUGACCCUCUGAUUCCUUGUGAGGGAGAGUGCUGCAAACACUUUCACCUGGAGUGCCUGGGAUUGGCAUCACUCCCUGAUGGAAAGUUCAUCUGCGUGGAAUGUAAAACCGGACAGCACCCAUGUUUUUCGUGUAAAGUGUCUGGUACAGAUGUGAAGCGUUGCUCUGUUGGUGCUUGUGGGAAAUUUUAUCACGAAGCCUGUGUCCGCAAAUUCCCCACUGCCAUCUUUGAGUCAAAAGGAUUCCGCUGUCCUCAGCACUGUUGCUCUGCCUGUUCCAUGGAGAAAGAUAUCUACAAAGCAAGUAAAGGUCGCAUGAUGCGAUGUUUGAGGUGUCCGGUAGCCUAUCACUCCGGAGAGGCUUGCAUUGCUGCCGGCAGCACAUUUGUAUCCUCCUGCAUGCUCAUCUGUAGUAAUCAUUCCAAACGGAGCACCAGGGCUUCCUCAGCCAUAAAUGUAGGCUUUUGUUUCGUUUGUGCAAGAGGGCUGAUAGUUCAGGACCAUUCAGACCCCAUGUUCAGUUCAUAUGCCUAUAAGUCCCACUACCUACUGAAUGAAUCAAAUCGUGCAGAGUUGAUGAAAUUACCUAUGAUUCCUUCUUCGUCAGCUUCCAAAAAGAAAUGUGAGAAAGGUGGAAGAUUGCUCUGCUGUGAAUCGUGCCCAGCUUCCUUCCACCCGGAAUGCCUGAGCAUAGAAAUGCCAGAAGGCUGCUGGAAUUGUAAUGACUGUAAAGCUGGCAAGAAACUACAUUACAAGCAGAUUGUUUGGGUCAAAUUGGGAAAUUACAGAUGGUGGCCAGCAGAGAUCUGCAAUCCCAGGUCUGUGCCACUGAACAUCCAGGGCCUUAAGCAUGACUUGGGGGACUUCCCUGUGUUCUUCUUUGGUUCUCAUGACUACUAUUGGGUACACCAGGGCAGAGUGUUCCCUUACGUUGAAGGAGACAAAAGCUUUGCUGAGGGACAGACUAGUAUUAACAAGACCUUCAAAAAAGCACUGGAAGAAGCUGCAAAACGUUUCCAGGAAUUGAAAGCACAAAGAGAAAGCAGAGAAGCACUAGAGAUUGAAAAAAACUCAAGAAAACCUCCUCCUUACAAACACAUCAAAGCUAACAAAGUGAUAGGAAAGGUACAGAUCCAUGUUGCAGACCUGUCUGAGAUUCCCCGCUGCAACUGCAAGCCAGCCGAUGAGAACCCGUGCGGCCUGGAGUCGGAGUGCCUGAACCGCAUGCUGCAGUACGAGUGCCACCCGCAGGUGUGCCCGGCCGGCGAGCGCUGCCAGAACCAGUGCUUCACCAAGAGGCUCUACCCUGAUGCUGAGAUCAUCAAGACCGAGCGGAGGGGCUGGGGCCUCAGGACCAAAAGGAGCAUUAAGAAGGGCGAAUUUGUAAAUGAAUAUGUUGGCGAAUUAAUUGAUGAAGAAGAAUGCAGAUUGCGAAUCAAGAGAGCCCACGAGAACAGUGUAACUAAUUUUUAUAUGUUAACUGUUACCAAGGACCGUAUAAUUGAUGCUGGCCCCAAAGGAAAUUAUUCUCGCUUUAUGAACCACAGUUGUAAUCCAAACUGUGAAACACAAAAGUGGACAGUGAAUGGAGAUGUUCGAGUUGGACUUUUUGCUCUUUGUGAUAUUCCUGCAGGGAUGGAGUUAACGUUUAAUUACAACCUGGACUGUCUGGGCAACGGCAGAACUGAGUGCCACUGCGGCGCAGAGAACUGCAGCGGCUUCCUGGGCGUGCGGCCCAAGUCGACGUGUGCGUCAACAGCCGAAGAAAAGGCCAAAAAUGCUAAGUUAAAGCAGAAGAGGCGAAAAAUCAAAGCAGAACCAAAGCAGAUGCAUGAAGACUACUGUUUUCAAUGUGGAGAUGGUGGAGAGCUGGUCAUGUGUGACAAAAAAGACUGUCCCAAAGCAUACCACCUCUUAUGCCUUAACCUGACUCAGCCACCAUAUGGAAAGUGGGAGUGCCCGUGGCAUCAGUGCGAGGAGUGCAGCGGUGCGGCCGUCUCCUUCUGCGAGUUCUGCCCACGCUCAUUUUGUAGAGAGCAUGAGGCAGGUGCGCUGGUCCCCUCUGCUCUGGAAGGCCGGCUCUGCUGCUCGGAGCACGACCCCGAGUCUCCUGUGUCGCCAGAAUCCUGGAGCAAGAUCAAAUGCAAACUUGCAUCACAAGAUCACGGAGAAGAACUGAAAGAAUAAAUGGGUGGUGAUUUCUUCUUUUUUUCUUUUUGUUAUUGAGAUGAAAAAAAGGAAAAGAAACAAGUGACUCGAUGGCACGUUAGUGGGAGAAAGCUGCCGCCGCGCCGACCAGGGCCAGUGCGUGCGGGCAGAAGCGGUUGGCCGUGUCUGUUUUUCUGUUUUGUUGGGUUGGGGAUUCUUUUGUGGCGGGCCAAAGUCCCUUGGUCUUCUCUUGCCUUUUAUCAUGCUUCCAUGCCCUUGCAGCGGGAAAAAGAGAUGUCUUCGCUUUUAAAAUAACGAAGAGAAAAAGAAAUUUUGUUAAUGAGAUACAUUUAAAGUCUAGGAUGUGUUCCUUGGGUGUAAAAAGCAAAAGUAGCCCUGAUUCCUUUAUUUAUUUUCAUUUUUUAAAACUUUGGAGAAGUGUAGUUCAGAUAGUCUAUUCAGUGUACGUGUGCGUGUGUGUUUGAAGUAGCAGUUGGAGCAGGCCCUCUAGAAAAGGUUCUGGUGAUCUUUAUAUACCUCUUUGCUGAGCAGUAGGUAGGCUCACUUCUCUUUGCCUUCCAAGCACUUUCAUAGUCUUAGAGAAGGGCUCCGUGGGAGUAUUGAAUCUGGCCUCUUGAAAACAAGAUGCCUCAGCGGAUUUUACCUCUGUGGUCUGAACCUAGCUGGGCUUUAUGAUGUGAUACCUUUACUUAGAAAGGUAUAUAAUGUGGUUUUUGGUUUUGGAGAAAAACAGAAAUGGGUGCCCUCACUGAGUUUGAAAUGUUCUCCAUUGACAGUGGACAUUUCUGAUGAGGCGUGUUUAUGUGGAUGUGAAUGCAGAGUUAGAAUGGUCGUCCCUGUUGCUCUGACACGUGGACAAAGGCAGCUAAAGGGAGAUGAAAGGCCCAGAGCCGGAGUUGGAUCAUUCAGGCACCGUCCUCUGCGCAGUGUAACGGGGCCCCUACCCUAGUCUGACCUGGAGGGCGUUAUGGCCAUUUCCUUCCCUGUCUCUGCUUCCCUCUCUGAAUCAAACAUUCCCACCACCCCCCCGCCGCCGCCCCCCCGCCCAGCCGAGUUUCCUGGUGAAAAUGUCACAGGCGAAUCAGAGUUGUAUCUGAGUAGGUCUUUUUGGUUUAGUUCUUCUUUUGGGGGCGUGGAAGGGGUAGGGGUAUCCCCCUGUUGUAUGUAAACAAUUUCUAUUUAGUAUUCUCUACUAAUUAAAAUCACCCCCACCGAGGAAGGGGAAGCGCUUCUACAGGGUAUGUAAGAGCCACACAAACACACUUCAUUUUAGGAAGCACUUAGGGAAGCUCCCAAGAAAGCACUGUUAGCAAAAAUGGUUGGGACGCUUGGAUCUCAUAGAUGCAAGUGUAUCAAGAUGUCUGCCCACAAAAUUCACUUGCAUUUAAUGCUUCGGAAUAUGUAUAUUCCAGUAUUCCUUGUAUGACGUAAAUAGUAAUGUCAGACAUUGUUGUCACACUGUACUAAGUAGAAGUCUAGGGCUAGCUUGAAUGAACGUUAACUUUCUCUGUGAAUUUUGACUGCUUACAAUUGCUGGUACCUGGUGGCAUUUAUUUUCCCUCAAGAAAUACCUAGGAACCUUAUGAAGGGAGGGAGGGUAGAUGCUCGGCCACAUUCCUUCCGUUGUGUUAUGUGUGUUCCUUUUUUCUUAUCAAUUUAGAGUUCUUCUCUGGAAAAAAAAAAAGCUCUUUUGUGCCUCUCUCUCUCUCUCUCUCUCUUUUUUUUAAUGUAAAUGUGCAAUUGAACUGGAUUUUCUCUUGUAGAAAAACAUAAAACAAAAAAAAUCACACUACAAUUCCCUUACUUAAGCUCCU